CAUUGGGCCACGUCAUGUUGGUUUCCAGAGAGGUCAUCCAUUCAUGGCUAAUUAAGCUUGGGUGGCCCAAUAAAGAAGCAUGUGUUGGCUGGAGAGUGCAGGAGGCGAGUGCCCAUAGCAGCUAACAUUGCCCAAAAAACAGCUAGUACUGCUCAAAAACCAACGCCAAUCAGGCAAUCACGUGUCAACAUACUACCCACUAAAAAGAGUACCCCUCCAUUGUUUCACACUUUCACCUUCUUCGCCUUAUCAUCUUCUUUCUUUUCUACCAUUUUUCUACAUUCAAGCUCGCUUCCUGAUCCUUAUCUACUCCUUUUUCUGGCAACAAAUUUUAUCCUUCUUUGCUUGAGCAGUGAGCAGCAGCAACCAAAUCCUAAUAUUUAAGGCUGGCUCCACGUGAUUGGGGUCACCAAAUAGAUUUCCAUCCCGCCAGUGCGUGAGAUGUGAGCAGUGGCAGUGAAUAGCGGCACGCCGGCACCGUAGCAGUCCAAAAUCUUUCCCUCCCCUGCGGCAAAUUUCUGGAAAUCUCUUCUUCAAUUUUUGUGAAAGUGAAAUCGAGAUUUCAAACGAUUUUACGAAAAAAUCGCGCUUUUACUUGCCAUUAGAAGAACCAGAUCAUCAGCAAAACAGAGUACAACAUUGUAGGACGCGCAUAUCAAAAUUAGCAUCCAUGGCUGUGAGUAGAAGAAUUCAGGUCGAAUCCAGAAACCGAAUUGGGUUUUCUCGAUCCACAUGGCCAAGGAAGCAGAAAGAAUUGAGAAUAAACAUGAAGCGAUUGAGAGUGGAGAUGGCGGGGAUCAGUACAGACCAGAAACGAAUUAGAAAAGACCAAACAGAAAUACGAGGGAAGUUGGAACAAAUUAAAGAGCAAUGCGCCAGGUUGAGAGAGGAAACGGAGGUGAUUGCGAAGCAGAAAGCUCGGAGUCAGCUUCUGCUCGUUCUUGUAUUCAAAAUCCUCAAGGCUCGUGAAGCAGGGGACUUCGCCACCGCAAUCAGUUUCACUCGGGCUCUCAGGGAUGUGAUUCAGAAGCAAGGAACAAAUAAAGGAAUAGCAGUGAUUGAUAAAUAAAGUCUGAUAUAUAUAUAUAUAUAUAUUAAUGUUUGUCAAAUUUUACGUACGUAGUUGUCUACAACGAUAAAGUGGCCACUAGACUGCGGGGAUGCUCUCAAUAAAGUCUGAUAUUUGUGUUAAACAAAGAUAUAAUAGUAAUUAUAAUAAGGUUUGGGAUUGCUUUUUUUUUGGAAGGGACAAACCAACUGGGUGUUGUGUGAGAGAGAAUGAAGGUUUUGUCAAUAAAUGGUCAGUUAAUGU